AUGGAAGAAGAUUUAUCAUUAGAUGAAUCAAAUGAGGGGAUAAUUGGAUGCCUGCCAAGUGUUGUUGAUGCUCGUCAUGUGGAAGAGCUCACUGAGCUCAUCGGACAUCUUCCUAUGGCAUUCAAAGAGACGGAAACUGAUGAAACUUCCGUUGAAGUCGCCCAUCUUCGAUAUUCCCGGCUUCUUCACCUUUAUCAAGAACAGCCGCGCCUACUCGAUAAAUGGAUUCCCGCAUUUGUUGAAAAUUUGAUCGGGUUUGUUAGGCUGAUUGAAAACGGUUAGAAAAAUAAUUCCAAUGAGAAAGCAUAAUGUAUUUUUUACAGACGAGGCGAGUAAUGAAGGGAUGAGUCGGUUAUCAAGGGAAGCGCUCAAGUAUCUUUCCGAUAUGUGCAUCUUCCGUGGAAGCAAGACCGUUGUCCGACUUCUCCCUCAUCAAGUACAUCUGCUAGAUCCACUACUCCGAACUCUUCAGUUCUAUGAGAAAAGUUCACUUCCCGACCACAGCCAGAGAAAUGUUCUGCUCAUGUGGCUAUGGAUUGUCGUGGGCAAUCCGUUCGAUUUGAGAAGAUUCGAUCCGACGGGAGAUCCCGACAACGUCAUCACUCGGAUCAUGAAUAUAGCGCUUCAUUACAUGAAAUGGAAUUGGAAUAGCAGUCAGACGUCGGCGUCCCUCGUCAUCGCACAAUGUCUCUCACGAGCCGACGGAAUUGCCAAAGUUCCCGACUUCUUGAGAAGAUUACUAGAUGAUAUUCGAACGGAUCACGAGAACAAGAAGCUUCUCCUCGCAAAUCUUCUUCUUCUCCUCGCAAUUUUGAAACAUGUGGACAGGAGAAUUCUGUUAAUUCACUUGCCUGAAAUAAAGGAGCAGCUCGGGUUCCUUUACCCAAUAACCGAAGACAGAGGAAGUCUCAUUUGCAAGUGUCUAGUCAAAGUGGUUCAAAGGAUCGGAUUGAUUGCUUUGAAGCCGAGAACGUGCAAAUGGAGUUACUGUCGAGGAAAGCGGCUCUUGGAAGGUAUGUUGAACGAAACGGAAGGUUGUGAAUCAAACGGACGUGCAAAUGGAUACGGAAACUCGGAUAAAGACGAUGAAUGGAAUGAUGGCACAGAGAUGGAACAUCCAGAAAUCGUCGAAUGGACUUUAAUGCAUGUACUCGAAGCGCUGAGCAACUCGGACACAGCAGUCCGAUGGUCGGCGGCGAAAGGUGUCGGAAGGAUCGCAGUACGAUUACCCAGUGCGGAUCUCGCCACUCAAGUCGUCCAAUCUGUAAUUCAAUGCCAUUUCGGUGAAGUUGCUCAGAUCUCGCCGUGGCAUAGUCAUGGAGCAUGCAUGGCUCUUGCCGAGCUUGCGCAUCGCGGAGUUCUCCUUCCCAGUCUGCUCGAAGACGUCGUUCCUGCGCUCGAGCUGUCAUUGGUGUUUGAAGACGCGAUGGGAAGGCAUCAGAACGGAAAUCAAGUGCGAGAUGCUGCCUGCUACGCCGUCUGGGCUUUCUCAAGAACUUACGAGCCGAGCGUGAUGGCGCCUUACUUGCAGAGACUUGCUUCUGCUCUGGUAUUUUUUUUUAUUCUUCGGCCUCUUGAAUCUUCUUUUUUCAGUUAUGCGAAGCUCUUUUCGAUCGGGAAGUCAACCUCCGCCGUGCUGCAUCGGCCGCCUUCCAGGAAAUGGUUGGACGUCAGAAGAACGUCGCUGACGGAAUUCCUCUGAUUCAAACGGUUGACUACUUCACCGUCACAAAUCGGCAGAGGUGCUACGAGCAGUUAUGCGUCCCUGUAGCUCAGUAUCCCACCUACUCAUUGGCCGUUCUGAGGCAUUUAAUAGCAGAGAAAGUUUUGCAUUGGGAUGAGAAGAUUCGUCAGCAAGCAGCAAUUGCAUUGGAAAAGAUCAGCGAAGUUCAAUUGGAAAGGAUAGACGACGAGUUCUAUCUGGACGUGAUGGAAGAAUUCCUGACAAGGAGCUGCGAGCCGAAGGUGUCGUCACUUCUGAGACACGGAUACCUCCUGGCAGUAGGCCAUUUGACAAAAGGGCUCUCCGCGCGUGGAGUGGAUAUCUCAUCGCGGGUCCGCGAUAUUGCCAGAGUUCCAGAAGUGCUGCGUGAAUUUUGCGACAAAACAACACACGCGGGCGCAUUGACACGGAAGACGCUUUGCAAAUUCAUCGAACUAGUUUCUGCUUCGAAAAAAGUUCCGUUGACGAAUUCGGAACAGAAGACGAAAUGGUUGGAUAUGGUGUUGGACUUGCUGAUCGAUUCGAAAGAGUCAAUUCAAGUAUUGGCGAAGAAAUCCGCCGAAGAAUUCGUAAAAUCAUAUCUUCCGAAUAAUGAGGAACUCAUUCAGAAGGUCAAAUCUAGAGUGGUCAGUUCGGUAAGCAUUUUAGAGGAAUAGGAAAAUAACCUGUUUUAUUUUAUAGAUGAGCCACUGCUCCGAUGAAAGCGAACGCAUCGGAAUGGGCAUAAUGUGCGAAGUGCUUCAUCCGGAAGCUAUUGAUGUUCAGAUGUUUGAAAUCCUGUGUAACUCCAUUCUCAAGUGAGAGCUUUCUUUUUCGUAAUUACAAUUCAUUCUAAAGUUCAGGCCAACUUCUUCGGAUGCAAAGUGGGCCCUUGCCAGGCAACAAACCGUUCUGUCCAUCAAUAAAAUCUGUGUGAAGGCAUCUGCUGAAAUGUUCGCUCGCAUAAGCUCCAAGUGCUUCGAGACACUUUACAAGGCAAUGGCUGACUACACGACAAAUGCCAAUGGAGAAAUUGGACGGUUCGUCCGAGAAGCGAGCAUGUGUGCCAUGUCAGACAUUCUGGAGAACUCUAAGGCAGAACCCUCGUUCCUCGAUGAGCACGUGAUCAAAUGUGCUCGUCAUAUGAUCCAACAAAGUGUAGAAAGAAUCUCCAGAACAAGAGAGGUUCGUCGUUUUUCCGCACGUUUUUUUUACUCGCCUAUCCCUCAUUUCUUUUCAGUGCGCUGCCGCUUGCCUCAACCAAUUGACUGCUUGUGAAAUGACUGGCCGCCGAAUGCCAGAAGUCGAGCUGCUCAGAAUGAUCUACGCGGAACCAAAAGAUUUCAUUUCCGACCGAACCGUGUUUGAACUGAGACCUCUGCUCGAUCUUGGUGAAGAAUACUAUGAAUCAAUUCUUUUGGGGCUAAUCGUGUCUGCCGGCGGACUCGCUGAAGGCACACAGAAAAGUGCGAAACAGGUUCUUCUGGAGCAUCAACGGGAUGUAUUCGAAGACAAACCGGUGAGAAUCGGGUAAAGAGUGGCGGAAUAUGUGAAAAACAUUCAGAGAUUCGACAAUUUCCUGACGACGUGUGCGAAAUUGUUCCGAAAAGCGAAGAAUGUGGCUAGGAUCGGCAACAGUUUCAUGCAAGUUCUCCCACAGAUAUUCGGCAACCUUGGCAUCUACGAGCUGUGCCCGGAGACGUCCGGGUCUCUUGUUGAAAUGGUGGAUAUCAUGAAGACGAUAGCGGUGAACUCGGUACUCAUGUCUCGUCAACGCCUUUCAAUCGAUUCAUUGGGUGAAUUGCUUAAUUGUGGCAAGAAGAGCAAAGUGUACAGGACAGCACUUAGCAUGGUCAGUGAUGGUUCAUUUGAAGUGAAAUAUAUCCGUUUCAGAUUCUGGAUAACCUGAGCAGUCAACGACCCGUCCUACGAAAGUCAGCCGCCGAGAGGCUCUACGAGCAUUUGUGCUGUGCCGAAGAGACGGAUGACGAAGUGAGUUCAUCGUGCAUUCUUUUGCAAACCGAAAAUUGAUUGUAGGUGCUCGAACUGCUGGCAAGCACCAACUGGCAAGAAGAGAACGGAGAGAUAUUGAAGAAAGCGGUAGACGUAAUAUCCGAGAAACUCACUUGA